AUCUUGUUCCCAGAAGAACUAAGUACAUCUGUCUUUGUGAAGGAAACUAAACUCCGACAGCAUGGCGUGCAGUUUGCGGGGGCUUUGGGUGUUUCGUGCGGAGAGCGAGGUGAAGUUGAUGCUUUCCCGCCGUUUCCCUACUGUCGAGGCACGCACAAAGGCCCUCUGGGGCGAGGGUUACGUGGAGAUUCCGUGCGACGAGGAGGUGAGUCUGAGCUUUUUGCUGGAUGUGCUGCUGGACGACGACGGCGACCAGGACACCGUUGCCUCGCUCUGGGACAAGAUUUCGGCCCCCUUCGCCCGCGACUUCGAGGGGUGCGGAAGCAGCAGCAACCUCGGGUGGCGGCCGGGACAGGAGGCUAAAGUGGAGAAGGACUGGCCGCUCGGCCCGGUUUGCUUUCUGCGCAAGCGAAGGAACAACGACGGGGAGGAGGAAUCGAUGGAGGUCGAAGGAGGAUCUUCAACAUCCUCUGCAUCAAGUUCAUCUUCGGCUUCCUCUCCGGGCGGUGAUAGAAGUACUACCUCUCGACGUCGUCCGGUGGACAAGAACGUCGGCAGCGGCCAUAGCGACAGCAACUCUACUCCUCGCAGCAGCCCGCGUUCUGCGGAAGGGAGAACAAAUGACCGGGGUGCUUUUGCGCUGCGCAGCGGAGGAGAGCAGCGACGAGGAGGUACGAACACGAAUAAAGCUACUACUAGCCGCGCCGAGCGCGUGAUCUGGCCGUGCGUGUUUCUGGCGAAGAAGGGGUUCUACCUGCUCGCGGUGGUUGGGCUGCUCCGACCAGAACUCGUGAACCAACGUGCGGACCAGAACUCCUGGCGGCCGGAGGUGAUUGAGCUGCCGGAGGUGACGGCCGCCUUUGUUUUACUCGAAGAUAUCGCGGACUUCUUGUCCCCGGACCUGUCCAUCGCGGACGUGGACGCGAUUGGGGAGCUGCAGUACUACCUGAAGGCGGCGCUGCCCUUUGGCAGUCCCGUGAACACGAACUACGCGCUGCUGCGGAAAGUGCGGCACUUGGGGUUUGACCACAGCACCAGCCUGAACUCGGUUCUCCCCCAGCAUCAAAACAACGCAAACAACUACAGCCGUGGUGCGGCCGCGCUGGCGACGUCCACCCGCAUCGCCGCCUGGAAACCGUACCUGCACAAGGAAAACACGAAGCCGCGGCUGAUGCUGUCGGUGGUGGAGAGCGUGAACUGUACCAUUUACGGCAAACCGGACCAGUACGAGGACGAGUGCUUCAUCCACGGCACGGUGUACUGCUCCGCCGAGAUCCCGGGCGUCCCCGAGUUGUCGGUCCCGCUCACGCUGCACCACACGCAGCCCGACCUGUGCGUGUACAACUGCGCGCAGCUGAGCACCGACCCGGCGCUGAACACGGUGAAGAUCUCGUGCACGCCGCCCUCCUAUGAAAAGUAAAAAUGUCUGGGUCUGGAAACUUGUGAUGCUGGGUGGCGUCUCAUGAUGAGGCUACAGAUGCUGGCUCAGCAUGACAAGUUUCUGAGUUCCUAGGUGUUGCCUAUUCUGCAUGACAAACUGCGCUUCUGCAUCACAGAAAAACGGAGCUCUUGGGUAACGUGCAUGACAGAUUUAAGAGUCAUGCCAGACAAGCAUGACAAACAUGAAUUCUUCCAGACCCAGACAUAUUUGCAUUUGAUACCUCCAGUCCGUUCGUGCUGUGCAGGUACCGGUACCCCAAGGUGUAUCAAAUGCAAAAAUGUUUGGGUCUGGAAGGAUGGAACUUGUGAUGCGUCCUGUGGGUCACACAAAAACCUGUGUUGCGUGAUCACCAAAAGUUCUUUUUUUUGUAACAACAUGAGCGGGAGUUUCUCAUGCGGGAUAGGCAUGAUAGAGACUUCGCAGAAUCUGUCAUGCUAGGUCCUGCAUUCCAGAUUUCAUGGGGCAUUGAAAAUAUGCAUGACAAGUCUGCAUUCUUCCAGACCCAGACACUUUUGCAUUUGAUAAGGUGCAGACGUUCCCGAUCCGGGGCUACUACCAGGUGAAGGAGGUGUCGCCGGUGGAGUUGAGGCUCCUCCUACAGAUCGAGUUUGGCCCGGAGCUGCUCGCCUGCACGGCGUCCGCGGAUCCGCAGUGCCAGGUGCGCAUCCCCUUUCCGGGGCGGAUCCGCGGGAACCGGCUGCGGUGCAGCGAGAAAACCACCUUCUCCAUCACGGACGACGCCAGCGUGAUCGUGUGGCAGAUCCGGCACCUGUCCGCGGAGCACAAGUCGGCGUCGCUGAUCGGCGAGCUUUCGGUGGAGAGUUUCGCGUCCUCGCAGCAGAGCGCCAGCGCCGGUGGUGGGCCGCAGGGACCGGGGGGCUCCUCUGCCCUCGGCGGCGGAUCAGGGUUCGGCAACGGGGGUACUAGCGCGGGUACUAGCAGUAGUAGUUCUGGAAUAAACAACCGGGGGAACAACGGCAGCGCUUCCUCCUCUUCAUCCGGGCACCAGCGUGGUGGAGGUCAACAGCAGCAUCCCAAUAUGAACAAGAUCCGGUCGUAUCAGCACAUGAUGAAGCCGAUCUCCUCCACAAAAGACUCCACCAUUCCCGACUACUGCGAGGUCUUCCUGAAGAUCCCCCACACGACCUUUUCCGGGCUGUCCAUUGACCCGAAGGGGGUCACGGUGUACCCCGCCACGAGGCUAAACAUCUCGCUUCAAUCCGAAGUGCUCGCCGGCCGGUACCAAAUAUGGAACGCGGCGGACGAGAACAUCCGAGGACACGUGCCUCUGGUAAUCGAAGACGACGCGCUGUUGGCUCCGGAGGAUACUUGAAGAAGAGCGCGCCGUGGAAGAUUAUCGCGAUUUAGCUUUUGUCUUGAAAAAGAAGACGCGAAAUAACGAGCGAAUACUAAUCAGGGUGUUCCAAGAAACGACUUUCAGCGAAUUAUUUGUAACAAGCGUGGGCCGGUCGUGUAC